AUGUCGGGGGGCAGCUUCGUCUUCACGUCCACGGCCUUGCGCUCCCUGGAACUGGACGGCGACAUGCUGGAGAGACACAAGCACAAGAAGCAGCUGACCGGCCAUCACUUCAACCGCUACAUGCUGAAGAAGGAGAUCAGGGACCGGGCGCCGCUGAGGUCCGGCACUUUGCCGCCGGCCCUCUGCCAAGACGCGGUGGUCCAGAACGCUCUGUACACCGGAGACCUGGAGGCCGUGCAGCACCUCUUCCCCCGAGGAGCCACGGCCAACCUCAUCAUCGAGCCACAGGGAGGGGACAUGCGCUGGGUGCCCGCAGGCGACGGACUUUGGUCCAUGAGCUACGAGCAGGAGCUGACCACGCCGCUUCACAUCACGGCGGGCCGAGGCUUCGCCGACUGCCUGAGGCUGCUGCUGCAGCGGGGGGCCGAUGUGGACCAGGCGCCCGGGGGCACCACCGCCCUGCACGAGUCCUGCGAAAGCUGCCAGCCGGAGUGUACCAAACUGCUGCUGGUCCACGGCGCCAACGCCAACGCCGUCACCGGAGACGGCUUCAUGCCUUUGCACGUUUGCACAAACCCCGAAUCUUUCGAAUGUGCCAAGAGCCUGCUGCAGUACGGAGCGGCGAUCACCGGCCGCACGCUGGACGACGACGACACGCCGCUGCACGUGGCGGCCAGCCACGGCCUCCCGCAGCACGUCGAGCUCUACCUGCGCUACGGAGCCGCGGUGGACAAGCGGAACGGCGAGGGCCUCACGCCCCUCAUCGCCGCUUGCGCGCGACCCCAGGAGGUGCAGGAGCUCGAGCGCUACUUCGAGGUGUGCCGGAUGCUGGUGGGCGCCGGGGCCGACGUGCACGCCGCGGACCGGGACAAGCACACCCCUCUGCACGUGGCCUGCAAGAACGCCAACGCGGACGUCGUGGAUCUGCUGCUGGCCAACGGAGCGCGCGUUAACGACAUGGGGUACGGCGGCGAGGCGCCCAUGCACAACAUCCUGAAGGUGGCGUGCUACAAGGGUUCCCAUCGGCCCGAGAGGAUCGUCCGAGCGCUGCUCAACCACGGUUCCAUCCGGGUGUGGCCUGGAGCUCUGCCCACGGUUCUGAAGCACUGCUGUGGGUCUCCACGCGCCAUCGAGGUCCUGCUCAACGCCUACAGCCGCCUCAAAGUCACGGACGCCUGGGUUGAGUCCGUGUCCUCGGAGGCGCUGAAGGAGCACCGAGAGUUCUACGAGUCCGUCUUCUCGUUGGCACAGACUCCUCGCGCCCUGCAGCACUUGGCACGCUUCAGGGUCAGGGUCUUCCUGGAGGGCCGGGUGCACAAGGUGGUCCCCAAACUGGAGCUGCCCACCUUCAUCAAGAACUACCUGCUCCUGGAGUACAGAGACUAUGUCCACUGA